CAAGUUUCCAAGCUUUUCGCUAGUUAGCCCAAGUCGCCUUCCCUAUUUUUGAUAUUAUGAAGACUUUCAUCGGUGCCGCUCUCGCUGCAGCUCUCGUCGGGCCCGCUGCUGCGUUCAACAUCAACUUCCAAAACAACUGCGGUUACACCAUCUGGCCUGCCAUUGGCAAGGCGCCGAACGGUGUUCCCGACACCUCUGUUGCAUACGGAACGACUCUUGGCGCCGGAGCGUCGGCGAGCUAUAGCAUUGCCGACACGGAAGUGGGCAUUCGUGCUUGGGGACGCACUGGCUGUGACAGCACCGGUGCCAACUGCGCAACGGGCAACUGCAACGGCGGUCUCGUCUGCACAGAUGGCGGAAUCACCGCUGGUGUCAUUCUCUCCGAGUACGGCUACGGCGACUAUGGCUCUUGCUGCGGCGGCGACCGCAUCACCUGGGACUUGAGCAUUGUCGACUCGUCGAUCAACAUCAACACUGAGCUCUCAUCGAGCGAUGGCCAGUCUGUCACCUGCACCCAGUCAAGCUGCCCCGCCGACCAGGCAUUUGACAACGCUGGUGACUCUGCUGCGGACCGCAAUUCGGCCCUCGGCGUCACUUUCACCCAUACUUUCUGCCCUUAAAUAUCAGUUUUAGGUUGGUUUUGGGUGUCGGAUAUUCUAUCAUUAAUUAUGGGAAACUGGGGUUUGUAGAGGGAUUGAAGGGUAAACCUGUAGCGAUGCAACGACAAUGAAUUUGAAGGCAUGUUUAACUUACGCGAUAUGUUUAUGUCAUAGC